GGAGGAGGAGGGAGGCGCAGGCAUAAGGGCAUCUGCCACAGCUCCCUUUAGGCGGCCUUUUGCAAGCUUGAAGCCAUGGGCAACACGGCCACCAAGUUCCGCAAGGCCCUGGUGGGUGGCGACGAAGCCCUGGCCUGGCAGCUGUACGAGGGCAACCCUCAGUUCAGGGACGGCCUGGACCCAAACGCAUCGUACGGAGAGCAGUACCAGCACAACACGGCCCUGCACUAUGUCUGCCGGCACGCCAUGACACGUCUGCUCAGGUCCUUCCUGUUCAGUAAAGAGGGGAACCCCAACAAGCGUAACGUGCACAACGAGACGUGCCUCCACGUGCUUUGCCAAGGCCCGCAGAUCCUGCUGCUGCCAGAGGGGGCUCUAUCGCCGCGACUGGCCCGACCGCAGCGGGACGAGCAGCGCCGCGCCGACUGCCUGCAGAUGAUCCUGAGCUGGACCGGCGCCAGGCUUGAGGGAGGCCAGUACGAGAAGGCCAAUGUCAACGCCACCGAUAAUCACCACAGCACAUGUUUGCACUACGCCGCCGCUGCAGGCAUGAAGAGCUGUGUGGAGCUGCUAAUCCAGAGCGAGGCAGACCUGUUUGUUGAGGAUGAGGACAAGUUGACGCCAUGUGACCACGCCGAGCGGCAUCACCAUACCGAGCUGGCCCUCAGCCUGGAGUCGCAGAUGGUUUUCUCCUCCUCUUCAGCACAGCCGUCAAACACAGACUCACAUGGUGAAACCAACCUGCUGCAAUUCAAGGAGCCGUAUGAGGGACUGAAGCUGCAGGACCUGCGCAGGCUGAAGGACAUGCUGAUCGUAGAGACAGCAGACAUGCUUCAAGCCCCCCUCUUCACUGCUGAGGCCCUGCUCCGUGCACAUGACUGGGACAGAGAGAAGCUUCUGGAGGCCUGGAUGUCGGACGCUGAGGGCUGCUGCCAGCGCUCAGGAGUGACCAUGCCCACCCCCCCACCCAGCGGAUACAAUGCCUGGGACACCCUACCAUCACCUCGCACCCCCAGGACCCCGCGCUCACCCCUCACACUCACCCUCACCUCCCCCACCGACAGCUGCCUCUCACCUGGAGAGGAGGGCCUGGCUUCGUGUGGAAUCUGCCUCUGCUCUAUCUCCGUAUUUGAGGAUCCAGUGGACAUGUCCUGUGGACACGAAUUCUGCAGAGCAUGCUGGGAAGGGUUCCUCAACGUGAAGAUUCAGGAGGGUGACGCCCACAAUAUCUUCUGCCCGGCCUAUGAGUGCUACCAGUUGGUGCCGGUUCAUGUGAUCGAGAGUGUCGUUUCCAGAGAGAUGGACCAGCGAUAUCUUCAGUUUGACAUCAAGGCAUUUGUGGAGAACAAUCCUGCCAUCAGAUGGUGUCCUGCAGCUCGUUGUGAGCGGGCAGUGCGGCUGACCCGACCGGGCCCCGGGGACAGCGACCCUCACAGUUUCCCCCUGCUGCCCUCCCCAGCUGUGGAUUGUGGCAAGGGUCACCUCUUCUGCUGGGAGUGUCUUGGUGAGGCCCAUGAGCCAUGUGACUGUCAGAUGUGGAGGAACUGGCUCCAGAAGGUCACAGAGAUGAAGCCUGAGGAGUUGGCAGGUGUGAGUGAGGCUUUUGAGGAUGCUGCUAACUGCCUGUGGCUGUUGACCAACUCAAAACCCUGUGCCAACUGCAAGUCUCCCAUUCAGAAGAAUGAGGGCUGCAACCAUAUGCAGUGUGCCAAGUGUAAGUAUGACUUCUGCUGGAUAUGUCUGGAGGAGUGGAAGAAGCACAGCUCGUCAACAGGAGGCUACUAUCGCUGCACCCGCUAUGAGGUCAUCCAACAGCUCGAGGAGCAGUCCAAGGAGAUGACCGUGGAGGCAGAAAAGAAGCACAAAAGUUUUCAGGAGCUGGAUCGCUUCAUGCACUAUUAUACUCGCUUCAAGAACCAUGAACACAGUUAUAAGUUGGAGCAGAAACUACUAAAAACAGCUAAAGAGAAGAUGGAGCAGCUGAGCAGAGCCUUCAUCUGCCGUGAAGGCACUCCUCCAGACACGCGGUUCAUUGAGGACGGUGUGUGCGAGCUGCUGAAAACGAGGCGUGUCCUGAAGUGCUCUUACCCGUAUGGCUUCUUCCUGCAGCCAGGCAGCACCCAGAAAGAGAUAUUUGAGCUCAUGCAGACGGACCUGGAGAUGGUUGUGGAGGAUCUGGCUCAGAAGGUGAACCGGCCGUACCUGAGGACUCCCUGCCACAAGAUCAUCAGCGCGGCCCGUCUGGUGCAGCAGAAGAGGCAGGAGUUCCUGGCGUCAGUGGCUCGAGGCGUCGCUCCCAACGACUCUCCAGAUCCUCCCCGCAGGAAUUACCCUGGAGGAUCAUGGGAUUGGGAGUAUCUCGGCUUUGCUUCACCUGAGAUGGGGAGUCGUCACUCUGUACUGGGAGCGGGAGAUCAAAGAGAGAGACAGUCACAGGAUUAUGCUGACAUCCAGUACCGACGCAGACACAGACCGCGCCGCAGAGGAGACAUGCUGAGUCUGCACAACCUGAGGAGCAGCAGCAACACGCCCGAGACGAGCAGGAGGAGCGACAACACAGAGGGUCCGGAGAGGAGUGAGGGCCGCAGGAGGGCGCUGGGCUCGCUGGAUGAAGACGAUCCGAACAUCCUGCUCGCCAUCCAGCUGUCCCUGCAGGAGUCCCGCAGAGAGCGAGGCCUGGAGGGAGGUGUGGAGGGGAGGGUGGAGCUGGAGAGGAGGCCGGGUCCCGCGGGAGACCUGGGAGACAUUUCUUUGCACUCCCUCAACACCGAUGGUCCCCCAGGAGCCAGAGGCUUCCCCACAUCUCUCCUGGAUCCCCCUCGACCCCCUAACAGGACAGACUCCACCUCCCAGCCUCCAGCAUCAAACUCCCUCCCGCUUCCUCCCCCACCUCCCUGUCUCAGUGCAGAGCUGCUGGAGCUGGGAGACAGCCUUAUGAAACUGGGGAACAUAACCACUCCUUAUGACCUCGACACACACACUCAGGAGCAGCUGUGCUCUCUCCACACGUACACCCACAGUGCUGCUCCCUACGGCGAGCCUGUGUACAGCGACUGCAGCCACAGAGCGGAGCCGCCAGCGUACCGGCUCGACCACAUCACCAUCUCAGACCCCGCUUACUGCCACACCAGUGCUUAUUUAGCCGAGACAGAACACGCUGCCUCCUGCGCACAUGAACGCACCCAAAACCCCUCCCAUCCUAGCUCCUGUAGCCGGGAACACGCAGCCACGUACGACAGCGCCCCAACACCAGACAGCUCUUACUCCCCCGGCCCUGAACACAGCAGCUCUUACUCUCAGGAGCGUCCCGCCGCCUACGCUCUCGACCGCCAGCCCAAAUCAGACCCAGUGCCGCCUGCCCUGUUGUGCCUCCCGUCUCCAGAGCUCGAGCCGGAUCUGAUGCUCUCCCCGGUGAUCCCUCCGGGGGGGGCUUUCACCCCCAGCGACCCGCAGAGUCUGGAGCCGCUGGACCCCACAGCCAGUGCCCAGCUGCUGGACAACAUCAUGGCCUGGUUCAACAACAACAUCAACCCACAGAACAACCCGCAGAGCCUUGCCCUCAUCCCCUCCCCGCCCACCACAGAGACAGACUCCUCCCCCGACACACACACUGAGACUGAGUCAGUGGCCUCUAGGGACCCCGCCCCUCUCUGGCAGCCCCUGGAGGGCGAGCCAGAAGGGGACAGGGUGGCGGAGAGUCCUCGUCUAGGUGCUGCGGGAGCCGUUGUCCCGACGACGUCGAGGCCCAGCACUCUGGAGCUGGAAAACAGAGCGACUGUCGAGGAGGGUGUGGAUGCAGGGUGUGUGGCUGACCUGUCGCUGGACGAAGCGCACACACACCCGUGCUCACACUCCCAACGCGAAGACAGUCCCACACACACUGCCCCGGCCACAGAGCGAGACUUAGACCUCGACCUUCAGUUAGAGGGGGAGCAGUCGCCUGAGGAGUGGGAGGAACAAGUGCACCUGGUGUGACAGAACAACGUGGAGAGAGAAGGUUAAGACCGAGAGAGGUGAAAGAAAGUCAAAGACUGGGGAAAAAUAACGGCGAUGCCUCGAUGAAAGAUGUUCUUUGGAGUGUUUACUGUAUGUAUUAUACUGUAUCUAGAGAGGACAUGAAACCAUGCAGACUUUCUUCAGUUACGAUGAUGUCAUACGCAGUUUUAUUUUCAUUUUUUAAAGUGCUUUUGUCUGCUCUAAAAACAGACAAACUAUUAGUGUUUAAAUGAAAAGUACAUCUGAGAGCUACUGAUAUCAUAACACAUCAAAUGUUGCACAUGUUUCCUUCCUUUAUUUAUUCCCUGUAGUUUUUCUUCUCCGUUUGUUCAGGGUGAAGUUUUGGUGCUGAUCAUGCUGAAAUCCAAACUUGCCUCAUAUUCUCACGCCUUUUAUUAUUAUCACCCCGACCCAACCACGAGCCUCCUGCAGCCAAAUAUGAUGUAACCUUGGAGCUGGUUGAGCGUACCGUACAAUCAGAGAGCCUGAUUCUGAUUUUUUUUUUUGGACCUUCUUGCACACUGUGCCUGCUUUGAUAGGGAGCCAACACACUGCUGUUGUUUUGGUAGGCUGCAAGGAACCAUGAUACACUCUCCUCUGCUCAGUAAACAAAAUGCUUUCUUGCUGCUUGUUGUUUUGGGGUUGUUGAACCCUCUACCUUUCCUUCUCACUGCAACACCCAUUCUUUAAGUGUUUAUCAGAAAGUAGCUUUCAUUCAACUGUCAUCCAUAUUUGUGUUAUAUCCACCUGCUUUGGCUCAGUGUUCAAUGUGCAUAAUUUAAAUGCAGAUGUCAAAGUUGACAUGAAAUACAUUACAAGGUCAAAUUAGGUAUUACAGCAUCAUCAAAUAAGUAUACAGUAUUUUAUUGAUUAAGAAAAAAUUCUGUGUCACUGUCAUUUAAGACUGACUUUACACUACAGUACGUCGCAUAUUCAAACGUCUUUUUGUGUUAAAAAGUAAAACUAUAACAAGUCAGUAAAGUUGUCUGUCACUGUAAUUUAAGACUCUGGCUUUACACUACAGUACGUCGCAUAUUCAAACGUCUUUUUGUGUUAAAAAGUAAAACUAUAACAAGUCAGUAAAGUUGUCUGACUGAAGAAAUGAUUUGUCAACACUCUUGUGAUUUUAUCGAGUCGUUUGAUUAGUUCAUUUAAUCAACAUCUGUAGACUUCAGUCUUUCCAUAGAUGCAAAAGCAACCCUUUAAAUGUUGUGUUUACCAGAGAUGCUUUAAAGUCCAAAGAAGCUUCUUAAAUGUCUUAUCAACCUAUUCAAUCUUAUUAUUGCGAAGAGCGGAUUACACUUUGUUCAUUGAGCCAAAGCAACCAGACAAUACUGUUCUUUGAAACACUCGUCUAGUUUGUUUUGAUCAUAUCUAUUCCACUACUGAUGGCGAGUAGAGUGUGCUUUUUAUAGAUGGGAAAUGGGUUGGGUUUUCACUGUAAUUUAUCCUCUUUUUUUAUUUCCUUAUUCCUAAUUAUAGAGAUGAUUUUUUUUCCAGUUAAGACCAGAGUUGUUCGGUCUGUGUGCCUUUUUGUUUAAAUCGUAUUUGUUUAUUUGUUGGUAUUUAUUAGUGUCCUUACUUUUUAAACAUGCUAAACAAAGUUGCUAAAGAAAGAUAAUGGAGAACACACCACUGUGGCUGCUGCCGUACACUGAGAUGCACAUUAGUUUUAUUUAUCCUCAAACCUGAGAGUUAUUAUAUUUGACCUUAUCCCCCGAGAAAAACUGCUAUGACACUCGGUCAAAUUAUUUCCCCUAGAUUCAACAAAUCCUUUUAAAUCAAAGUUGUUCAAAUGUAGGUGGCCUUUGACUUGUCUUGAAAAGCUACGGAGCGCUCUGAGACCUGGGUUGUCACUGUAGCCUUUAUCUUAAAACUUUAUUGCCCAACCGUAAUGUUUACACAAGAACUAAACACUGCCUGCUGUGUUGGGAUAUGAUCUGGUGCUUUGGGGAGUGUUUUAAUCAUACUUUCACGGCAGGACACACUUAUGUAAGGAUAUCCUGGUUUUGUUGAAAACAGAAUGUGAUAUGCAAUCAAAAAUGCAUAACUUAUAAUUGAGAGUUUGAGUUUUGAGCAUGUUUAAAGUGUGAGGUCUGGAGUUCUCCAUGAAGUGACAAAAAACCCUAAAAUAUCACCUUUUCCUCUCUAAACUGUGAAGGUGCUGACAGACAUUUCAUUAUUAAGCCUGAUGAGAUGUGAGGGCAGCUGGUGUCACCCAGAACAUUUCAACAUUGUUGCCAGUGGAAUGGUUUAAUCAACACUUAUUUUAGGUUGCUUUGUUGCAACAGGAUACACAUUGGAAAAUUCUUUUGCACAGGCAUGCUGUCGAUGUGUUGCACUAAUCCGGUGCUGUCGGCAAGAUGUGGACGACUGAGAAGCGUGGCUUUUAUUAUUAUUAUUAUUAUUUCCUUUUUCUAGAUUAAGAAUUGGAUUUAUGGUGUCAAGGGAAUGGUCCUGUGCCAUUUUGUACUCCAUAAAUACUGUUUAUAUUUUAAAGAUUCCUCAACCAACCACUACAGAGUUUGAAAAAAAAAAAGAAAUUGCACUUCAUAGAUUAUACUUGAUACAUUCCCAAUCAGUCCAUAAGAGAGGUUUGAUGUGUGGCCAAACUGUAAAUGAAAGUGUCAGUGCAAAGUUUACUCUCAAUAAAAACAACUGAAAGUGUC